CUUUGGACCGCCUUCGCGCGGUGCUAUGACGUCAGUGGCACACAAGUGUGCACUGCGAAGGCUGCAGACCCUGAAUUUGUAUUAGGCCGUGGUUUCACACAGGGGCGAGGGCUGCCGCGUAAAAUAAUUCAACAUGAAUCUGGAGCGACUUCGGAAGCGAGUGCGGCAGUUCAUCGACCAGCAACACUAUCAAACUGCGCUGUUUUGGGCGGACAAGGUAGCAUCUCUUUCUCAUGAGGAUCCGCAGGACAUCUACUGGCUUGCUCAGUGCCUUUUCCUGACAUCACAAUAUCACAGAGCCUCGCACGCACUCCGGUCCAGGAAGCUUGAUAAGCUGUAUGGAGCUUGCCAGUGUCUUGCUGCACGAUGCCAUUAUGCUGCCAAAGAGUUCCAGCAGGCCUUGGAUAUUCUGGCAGAGGAGCCGAGUUGUAAGAAGCUGCUAGAGAGGAGCACAAAGGAGGAGGUCGAAACGCCGGAGCCAAACAAGGAUUGGGACAUGUCGCCUGCCUCUAUCAGCAGCUCCAUCUGCCUCCUGCGUGGUAAGAUCUACGACGCCAUGGACAACAGGCCGCUGGCCACCUCCAGCUAUAAAGAGGCCCUGAAGCUGGACGUAUAUUGCUUCGAAGCCUUCGACCUUUUGACGUCGCACCACAUGCUUACAGCCCAGGAAGAGAAAGACUUCCUGGAAUCACUACCUCUGAGCCAGCAGUGCACAGAGGAAGAGGAGGAGCUGCUUCAUUUUCUCUUUGAGAACAAGUUAAAGAAGUACAACAAGCCCAGUGACCUGGUGGUGCCCGCCAUGGUCAAUGGUCUCCAGGAAAACCUAGACAUGGUGGUGUCUUUGGCAGAGAGACAUUAUUACAACUGUGACUUUAAGAUGUGCUACAAGCUCACAUCCAUGGUGAUGGUGAAAGACCCCUUCCAUGCUACCUGUUUACCAGUGCACAUAGGAACCCUAGUAGAACUCGGAAAAGCAAACGAGUUGUUUUACCUCUCGCACAAACUUGUAGACUUAUAUCCCAAUAACCCAGUGUCUUGGUUUGCCGUGGGCUGCUACUAUCUGAUGGUCGGCCAUAAAAACGAAAACGCCCGUCGCUACCUCAGCAAAGCCACCACCCUGGAGAGGACAUACGGCCCUGCGUGGAUCGCCUACGGUCACUCAUUCGCUAUGGAGAGCGAGCAUGACCAGGCCAUGGCCGCCUACUUCACAGCAGCCCAGCUAAUGAAAGGAUGUCACUUACCUAUGCUCUACAUCGGCCUGGAGUACGGCCUGACCAACAAUUCCAAGCUGGCUGAGCGCUUCUUCAGCCAGGCGCUGAGUAUUGCUCCAGAGGACCCAUUUGUCAUACAUGAGGUGGCUGUGGUUGCCUUUCAGAAUGGAGACUGGAAGAUGGCUGAGAAGUAUUUCCUUGAUGCCAUGGAGAAGAUAAAAGCCAUCGGGAAUGAGGUGACUGUAGACAAGUGGGAGCCUUUGCUAAACAACCUGGGUCACGUGUGUCGCAAACUGAAAAAGUACGACCAGGCUCUGGAGUACCAUCGUCAAGCCCUGGUGCUGAUCCCCCAGCACGCCUCCACCUACGCCGCUAUAGGCUACGUGCACAGUCUUAUGGGCGACUUUGAGAGUGCCAUUGACUACUUCCACACGGCACUUGGACUGAAACGAGAUGACGCGUUUUCUGUGACAAUGCUCGGCCACUGCAUCAACAUGUACAUUGGCGAAACAGACGCCUACGUAGGAACCGACAUAGACGACAAGGUCCAAGGCAGCAUGGACACGCCGGCCCUGAUCAAAGUACUCAACAAAACCGAGCCUGGUGACACACUGGCCUCGCCGAGGCUUGAGGACGCUAGCGCCAUGUCGAUGGAGACGCCGCUGUCCACCCAGGAAAAGAUGAUGCUGGACAUGCCCCUGCGGCUGUCGUUGACACUGGAGUGCGACAUGUAUGAAAGCGACGUGAUGUUGGACACCUUGUCUGACACAAGCACGUGAUUUUUUUUUUUUUUUUAACCCACACAUCUAACCUGGAGGCAGAACUGUCAUAGCAACAGGUUGUCAUGGAGACGCAAGCCAGAGGAUAAGCCAGGUUUUCUUGUGUUGUGCAGUAGAUCCUGUGGUUGCCACUUUGAAGAUACGGCAAUGCAAAGCCAAAAGGCUCAAAGGCAAGUUAGCGUGUGCCUUGUACUCUGGAAGGGCACAAACUAACCCUGUUAAAGACACUUAUAGUCACUUUUUAAUGCUCUUCCUUUUGGCAAGACCUGUGGAUAUUUACAGUGGCAUCAGAGCCAUAAAAGCAGAAGAGAAGAUACAAGCAACUCAAGUUCAAUAAACAAUGCUUUGAUCUUU